AUCAUCUAUGGACAUUAAUGAAGAUCAGCUGGAGGGGGAGGCUCACGAUGGUUCGUUUGCCAGUAGAAAUGGUCGUCAUGUCAUUGGCCACAUUGAUGACUUCAGUGCUUUGAAGCAGCAGUUACUAGAUGGUCAUAUAUUAAUGAAGAAAAUCCAAGCUCUCAUGCAGUCUUCCCUUAACAAACCCUUCUUAGACAUCCACGGAACAAAGGCGCGAGAGUAUGGAAGUAUCACAAAGCUUUUUUCUACUACAAACACCUUGCAAAAAAUUCUGGAGGAAUGUGGCUCCCUGAUCAGCAUGUUUUGGAGAGCGGCUCUGCCCAACAUGCCGAAUGCUGCUCAGCAAAAAAAGGAGGAGCAGGCCUUGAAAGAUGAGAUUUUCCAGCUGAGAGCCAAGCUGAAAGAGCAGGAGAAAGGGCUUCAAGAAAUGGUGGAUCGUCUGAAAAGUACAAAUCGUGCAAAAGAAAGCAUGGAGCACUUCAUUGUCAGCCAACUUAACAGAACGCAUGAUGUCCUCAAAAAAGCAAGAUCGAAUCUGGAGAAGAAUAGUCCCAAGAUUUCUUCUGGAAAGUCUCAUUUUCCAGUCACCAAAGUUCAACUCCAACAUCGGACAUCGAACGCUUGCCACCACCUGACCCCCGUCUUCCAGGAACCUUCUCAAAAGAAGACCCAGUUUAAACCAUUGAAGAGGCAAGAGGAUUGGGUGUAUCACGAAUAAACGGACACCAUGGACUAUUGAAAUGGCAGUUACACUGCUAAAAUGGAAGUAGAAUUACUAUCUGUCUGACAAUCAAAGAAAUUAUAUUAUAGGCAUUUUAAAUUUCGUAUGUUUUCUAUGAAAAUCUCCUUAGCCCCAUUCAAACAAAGAUUAAAAUCUACAAUAUAUACCUGUAAACAAUUUCUCAGUGGGCAUUAUUC